UGGGAUUUUGCAGAUCAAUUUACUCUCAUUCUCGUAUGCAUAUCAUCCAUGGUAUAUCAAUUCUUAAAUACUCCCUUUACCAGUCUCGUGCUAUGCCCUGCAAUGCAUUCAAUCAAACAAAACUCCCGAAAUACAUUCUUCCCAAGUCAUCAAACCAUUUUCAUGCUCUCGUCAAACCCAUAUUUGUCCCCAUGCUAGGCCAAGGUCACCUCGAAUAAACACCAUACACAGUCUGCCAUUGUACCAAUUCUUUGGUCAGCGUUUCCAUCAUAUCCUGAGCCCCCAUUGUGCCAAAAUGCUUGUGAUCUGUCAGGUUCAACCCGAAUUCCUCGUCUCUGGAGCUGGCUUCUUUCAGCCCAGCUUCCACUGCACGAAUCAAACUGGCUGUCGGCAACAUGCUCCCCUCUUUGACCCCAUUGGGAGUGCUGGCUCCUUUGGAACUGGAACUCGUACUGGCGCUCGAGUUUUGUGUCUGGCCACUUCUCUCCGUGUGCAUAUGUCCAACAAACUCCAAGAUUGCUGCCACACGUCUCCUCAUCUCAUUCAAGCUGGUCCGGGCUGGAUGCGUUUUCGCUUUGGAACUGCGACCACUUUCACCUCCAUUGGCACCGGUAGGAGAUCCUCCGAUACCGUUGACAUCAUGUGACGCAUCUCUUGCAGGAGUUCCAUCUUCACCGUUAUCUUUGGUAUAUUGGUUUCUUCCCAACCUUCCACGCCUCGGCGCCGGUCUUCCAGUCUUUCGGUUAUGGUUUGAUCGAUUCAAGGGAGGUGUAUCUGCUUUUAUCUUGCCAUUGGCUAGUGCGACUUUCGACGGUGAAAGAUCUGGCGUAGGUGGUGGAGAAUCUACUUUUGUUAGCCAUCCAUCCGCAACAAUCGGCGAAAUGAGUCUUACCUUCUCCUCUUCUCCGUUCCGAUCGAGCAGCCCGCUUGUUUGCCGCUUCUACACGCUGAGAAAGCAUCUGCUCCUUCUGCUUUGCUCGUAGUUCGUUUUCUUUAUUGGUUCGUGCUACUGUUCCUCUCAAUCUCUGUGAAGCACUCUUUGAAGACACAUGGUUCUUGCCGCCACCGUUUUCCUCUGUAGUUGGAUCGGGAGAC